AUGGGCGCCCUCCCUGGUGACCGCGCGCUACGGGGGAGCGCCAAGAGUCAACACAUGUCUGCCGUCCAUGUGCUGUCCAGCACAGAGUCUCUUCUCCUGAUUCCUGACACUACCGGCUCCAUAUUGGGGAAAGACAAAUUAUAUGGUGCCUACUGUCGCCUGUCGGGCAAAGGAAUAAGCCAGCUCUAUGGAGAGGCGAGGCUGCUUACAAUAUGA